AUGAACUCCAUCGACCCUCAGUCCCAUCACCAGCACCAGCACCACACCUCCCCGACCGUCGGCUCUCUCCCACCCAAGGGCGCCCAGGAGGCCCCGGCCGACAUGGCCGCCGUCUACUGCGACAACUUCAGUAGCAUGUACCACCAGCAGAGCCUCCAGGGCGCACAGAGACCCGCCGGCUACGGCCUCGGAGAUUACGCAUCGUCUCCAAACCCGUACCUGUGGAUCAACGGGCCGGGCGUCAACUCCUCCGCGUCCUACCUGCACGGGAACAACCCGGCGUCGUUCAUCCCGCCCUCCUACGGCUCGCAGCGGCAGUUCAUAACAAACUCACCUGGCUUCGGCGGGCCCGACCUCGGCUGGCUGUCCAUCGCCAGCCAGGAGGAGCUGCUGAAGCUGGUGCGGCCGCCUUACUCUUACUCUGCGCUCAUCGCCAUGGCCAUCCAGAAUGCGCACGAGAAGAAGCUGACCCUGAGUCAGAUUUACCAGUACGUCGCCGAGAAUUUCCCGUUUUAUAAGAAGAGCAAAGCCGGCUGGCAGAACUCGAUCCGACACAACCUGUCUCUGAACGACUGCUUCAAGAAAGUGCCGAGGGACGAGGACGAUCCAGGAAAAGGAAAUUACUGGACUUUGGACCCAAAUUGUGAAAAGAUGUUUGACAAUGGAAAUUUCCGCAGAAAACGGAAAAGACGUUCGGAUCCGAGCAGCGCAGGGGGAGCGGCGGCAGCAGCGGGGGCCACAAAAGUCGAGGAUGGCCGGCCGCCGGUGGCGUCCUCAUUGAAGCCCUCAGACAGCCCUCAGCUCCUGGGGCCGCCCUCACCAGAGAUGGAAGCGAUGAACGAGAACCACAAGAGCUCGUCGUCGUCUUCGCCGCCCGGACCGGCCUCGGCCACUCCUUGCUUUAACAACUUUUACAGCAGCAUGUCGACGCUCAGCUCGGGGGCCCCCGGCCGGCAGGGGUCCCUGGGACUGGUGAACGAGCUGUCAAAUAGGAACAUUACGGCCCUGAGCCCGUACCACCUCAACCACGGCGGGCAGGACACGGGGGCGCCAGAGCACGGCGAGGGCUUGCAUUUCAACCGUGGAGUGUACUACAACACGUUUGGCGGCGGGCAGAGCGGACAGUUCAACAGCCACUUCUACAACAGCUUCAGCGUCAACAGCCUGAUUUAUCCCAGAGAAGGGACCGAGCUAUAGGAGCUGAUUCACCACAUCGCUCUGAGACAGCGCUGCCUUCACUGAGCAGUUCACUGACACAUUAUAGAGUAUUUUAGCUAAACUUGAUUUGACAAGCACUCGAGGAAACAACCAGCCGGAAAGUCCAACAAAAAAAAUGAGCACUUAUCUUGUUACUCUUUUUUUUUCCUUCUUUCUUUCUAUA